AUUUUACCUGGUAAUACCAUGAUUGAUGCUAUCUCGCUUGAAAAGGAUUCUAUCCUGUUUUCUCGGAAUCCAGAUCUCUAUCGAUUCCGUAUUAUGGCAUUACCUACCCAUCUCACAUUACCACCUCAUUCAGAGCAAUCACAACCUAUUCUGUUGAGCCAUGGACAAACAGGCGAACCUAUUCGAGCGUAUCAUCAACCCAAGGGAACCAAUGCUUAUGCUCAUCUGUUAAGCAGACUUUAUUCACCUUAUAGCAGUGAUACAGGCUAUGAUGCAACUGACAUUCGAGGAGUUCAGUUAAAUGCAGAGGGAACCUUAUUAGCAGUCUGGACUGAAUCGAAUGCUGUCUAUAUCUAUAAACGAGGAUCAGGGGAUAAAUUAGCCUAUAAAAAAAAACCAUCUUUCUCUGAAAGCCCUCAUCAUUUAGAGAAACCCUUAGCAUGGAUAUUGAGGAUGGUCAUUUCACCUAAAGAAGGACAUCUUGGAUCUACCACUCCUAUAGGUGCAGCUAUGUUUUGGCAGAAGGAAGGAUCUUAUUACCUAUCUGUGGGCAUGAGGAACAGUAUAGUCAAUACCUAUUCGAUUGAUGAAAUGCAAGAACAAAAAGCAGUCAGUUUCCAAACACUUUUUAAAGAGAAAUGGGAUUUGUGGCUUAUCAUGACAACAGUGAUGAUGAUCUUUGUUGUCAAUGAAUACAAGACAUAUCCAUAG